CUGCCACAAAGCCACUCCUCACCCUUUGUGAGUCAGAGGGAAGUUCCUGACACAGGCAGACGGGAAUUCAGUUUUCAGGCCAGAGUAGGAAAAGUGCUCGCAUCACACACAGAUAAGCACGCCACACAUACAAACGAACAGCUGAACUGGAAAACAAACAACGACCGAUUCAACUUGUUGAGCUGCAGAGAUGUAGAAGAGCAAAAUUCACUAGUGGAGAACUGCUGAGGGGAACCACCAUCAAGAGAAGUGAAGAACAGAAGGUUUGAGAAGCGUGGAAAAUCAGUCUGGAAGCGUUAUGGCUAACUUUCUGAGGGGACUCCUGUUAUGUUUAGUGGUGGCACAGACCAGUCAGGUCGAUGGAAAUGGGAGAAUGACUGCUCCACCAAAGAGUUUUAGGGGCUUCUUUGAUAUAUCUAACUACACAAACCAGCAGCUUGACCUUUUCCGCUCCAGCAUGAACCCUCACCUGGAUGUGGAGCCUGAGGGCUCAGCAGCAGUAUACACCACAGGGGCCAUCAGCACUUGGAUCAUACCUUCAUCAUACAUCCUUACGAUCCUCGUGGGAAUCCCAUCUAACAUCUACAUUCUGGCAUUCCUCAGAGUCAGACUCACUUCAAAGACUUUAUCCACAGUGGUCCUGUACCUGAACCUGGCCCUGUCGGACCUGCUGCUCGUCCUGUCUCUUGCUCUGCGAGUUCACUACCACCUAAGUGGAAACAACUGGAUAUUUGGUGAAAUCUCCUGUCGGCUUAUUACAGCUUUAUUUUUUGGAAAUGUUUACUGCUCAGCUCAGACUAUAGCGUGCAUCAGCUUGAAGCGCUAUCUGGCUGUGGUCAAGCCAUUUCUGUACAGACGGAUGGCUAAAACCAGCCUGGCAGUGUGGAUGUGCAUGGUUGUGUGGCUUCUGUAUGGAGCAGCUAUUGUGCCUGAGCUGCUGGUCAAGCAGAGCUACCACAUCAGAAGGCUGGAGAUCACGACGUGCCAUGAUGUACUUCCUCUAGAAGAACCCUCCCAUUCGCCGCUGGUGCCAUACAAACUGAUCCUACUUUUUCUAGGCUUCUUACUACCGUUCAUGGUUUGUAUUUACACCCACGUCGCAGUGAUUUAUCACCUGGAGCAAAGUUCCUGCGACUGGAAACUGUUCACCAGAGUGAGCACUAUGGUUUUUAUCAUCUUCCUGGUGUGUUUUCUCCCCAGUGGCGUUCUGCAUGCUGCCCACUACAUCCGCCUGUUUUCCAGUGGGGAUGACACACUGUAUGGAUACUAUAGAUUAGCCGUUUGUCUCUGCUGUUUCCACAGUUGCCUCGAUCCCUUCCUGUGCAUUCUCCUCUCCUUGACAGGAGACUCAGAGAUACAAUUCAUCUCUUGUAAUUGGAUACUACAGAGGCCAGCAGUUAUAGCAUGAUACUGAAUAUUUCUAUCUCCAACAGGACGUAAAAAAAGACUGUUUCCUCGAAUAUUGUAGAGAAGAGAGAUGAAGAAAACCACUCUACAGUUCAAACAUAUCAAUCAUUGUGACAAAAAAAUCUGUAAAGUUUCAUUUUGCCAGUAAUACAGCCAUAUUAAAUAAAUUUCAAUACUACAAAAAAGUGUAUUAAAUUAAGUAACUCAGGGGCAUGCCGUGGUGGCGUAGAGGUUAGUGCGACCCGUAUUUGGAGGCCUCGAGUCCUCGACGCG